AUGAUCGCCCGCAUCACACAUCGUGCCCCUGAGCUUUUCGAGGCUAGCUCAUCCGACGGCCGUCGCUUUAUUUGCUCCGAUUUCUUUGUCCGCCGAUUCAUCUACAACUCACUCAACUGGGUCCCUCGCGCAUCCACUCGCGCAGCUCAGAAGACACCCGAUGACGCCGAUCAACAAAUCUAUGAGUGUUUCCUCCGCCUCUCCCUCUUCCUUCGUGACGCCGGCAUUCGACACCCUGAACUGGUCAUCAACUUCGACCAGACUCAGGUCGUGAUGGCCAACAACACCACCAAGACGUUCGAAGUCGAAGGAGCCCGGCAAGUUAAUGUCAUCGGAAAGGAGGAGAAGAAGGCCUUCACAGCCGUGGUCGGAGCUUCCGCGGCCGGUACCGCCCUCCCCGUCCAGCUCAUAUUCAAAGGA